UACACACUUGUGCUAUCAAGACAGUGAAUUUGAAGAAGAUUUUGAGCUGGGUGUGUCUCCUGAGCACAUGCAAAUUAAUUUUCCUCUGGAGUAUACUGGCCAACAGGCAGCUGAUAAAAAAGACAGGAAGUACAGGUUGAACUGACUCUCCCGUUUGCUCGGCAUGUUGUGAUGAGGAGUGAGUGAGUGAGUGAGUGAGGUAAUCGCUUUAACUUACAUAAAACAGUCGUUCACCUUCGCCCAGCUGGAGCGGUGAAUCACAACAAUGAAGAUUGAAUAGGAACACACAAUCGAUAAACUCUAAACUGCGUCCAGGGAGAAGACCGUGACAGUUCAUCGGCGUCCUCGGUGCUCAUAUUAUAGCAGAAUUGAAACUACACUAAGUUAGACACUGUGCAAGGAUGAGUUCCUGCAGAAUCUCCAGAAAAAGAUAUGGCACAGUGAAAAGACACAGUAGAAAGAAUGACAUGGAUCAACGCAUUUCACAGAUGAUUGACAAAGGCAACACUCCUCUUCCCCUCCCUGUGUCUGAAUGUAAACCCUCAAGGGGGUCAAAGGGAGUCCUUCAAAAGACCUCUUCUGUCAAGCAGACUUCUCUCACCUCAUUACUUUCAGGGGAGUUUUCGAAGCCGGCAGUAAUUGGACACUCUGACAGUCCUGCAGGAAUAAAGGAGAUUCUUGUGUCGGUGCUGGAAACUUCAGGUGGACUGAAAUACCAGCCUGUGCUCAAGAAUGCUGCUGGAGCCAGAGACUGGUCAGAUAGCAGUGAUGAGGAGCUCACGGGGGGCAGCUCCACUGAUGGCUGUGAUGGAUACUACAGAAACAGCAACACUACUUGUCAAACGGACAAUGAGACAACAGGACAGCUGGAUUCUGUCCAUUUAGACGCAGGUUUUGACCGCUUAUCUCUACCUAGAAGUAGCCCUGUCAUUUCCCGGAAAAUGAAAUCCUCACCUGUAGAGAGGUCCCCCUCCCAUGUGCUGCUUUCAUCUUCACCUGAAACAUCUGCCACCUCAGAAACGUGCCAAGCAGAGUCACAGGAUGAGCAGAGAAGCCCUUCCCUUCCACCCCCUAAACCGAGAAGCAACUCCCUGACGGCCAGUUUCAACAGGCUGUUCCCUACCGGCCUCUACUUUCCUUUCAGAGGCUCUGCGUUUAUGGAAGGAGUUUGGGGAAACUCUGAAGAGGGAUCCAACUCGGAUGUCAGCAUAUAUUCUGUGAGAAGUGAGCAAAACGCUGAAGAGCUGGUCAGUCCUGUGGAUUACAGUGUCGGGCCUUUAAGUGCUAGCAUUGACAUUGACAAGGAGAAUGCACACUUCAUCAUUGCAGACAUGAUCGUGGCAGCUUUGGAGAACAUGAAGUGUACUAUUCUGAGCAGGACAGCUAACCAGUCGGGGAGAGCAAGCGCUGCCUCUGGAGUCUCGGAAGAGGCUUCCGAUGGCUGUCACUCAGUCUCCAAGAAACACUCUGAGUCCACUGCGUCCUCAGAUAGCGGCUAUGAAGGUUACCCUGGGCACCAGUCCAUCACAAGAGUUUCUCCUGACCUGACUGCCUCGAACCCACACCUUGAAAAGGAGGAAGAAGUCUCUGCAGAAACAAGGAUCACACAACAGCCCUGCAGUAGCCUGGGAAUUUUUGCUGUAAACGUUUCUGAAUGCAAAUUAGAUGAAAACAAGCCAAGCACAGAAGCUGAAACUGCAAGUUCCUCAUCACCUUCCUCCAGGCCCUGCUGUGCUGAAGCCUUGGCUCAGCAGCUGGUCAGGAUGUUCCGGAAGCAAUGGCUGCACUCGGAGUGUCAACAGCAGCAACAGUCUGGCAGUUUGCUCCCCUCGCUGCAGGAAGUGAGUCUUCAAUGUGGUUAUAACAGCUACACCAGACAGCUUCUCCCGGGUAGAGCUGAUUGGAUGGCUGAGUCCAGUCUGAACCUAGCAGAAGAGAUUAAGCUGAAGUCCAGAAUGCGAGGCACUUGGAUUUGGGCGCCACCUCGCUUUCAGAUCAUCUUUAUUAUACACCCAGUGUCAAAGCGGGACUCUGUUGUAGCUUCUCAACAUUACCUUUGUGCAGGUUGUGGAACCCAAGUGGAGCCAAGGUAUAUUAAGAAGCUGCGAUACUGUGAGUACUUGGGGAAGUACUUCUGCGACUGUUGCCAUAGCAAUUCUGAGUCUCUCAUCCCAGGACGAGUCAUCAUGAAAUGGGACUUCAGUAAAUACCCAGUGUGUAACUUCUCCAAACAGCUGCUGGACCAUAUAUGGCAGAACCCCUUGUUCAAUGUUUCCUGCAUCAACACGUCGUUAUACACAAAAGUAAAAGAGCUGGACAAAUUCAGGGAACUUCAGGAACAGUUAAUUAUUAUAAAGAAGCUGUUGAAAUCAUGCAGAGUGUCAGUAAGUCUCCUGCAGGAGUUUGAACAGCUACCAGAGCACUUGACUCAGGAGCAGCACCUCUUCUCAAUGGAUGACUUCAUGAAAAUCAAGCGUGGCGUUCUCAUUCCUCAGGCCAAGGGGCUUCUGAAAACAGCUUUGUCUCACGUUGAAAACUGUGAGUUGUGCCAGGCCAGGGGUUUUAUCUGUGAGAUCUGCAGGAACAAUGACGUGCUGUUCCCCUUCCAGACAGACAUCUGUAAGAGAUGUGCAGUAUGCAAAGCCUGUUUUCAUAAAGACUGCUUCCGAUUUGAACAGUGCCCCAAAUGCACCCGGAUUCAAACUCGGCAAAACAGGAUUUCCCAACUGGUUGUAUAGAAAGGAUUGCAAUAUGUAAUAUAUACUAUAUAUUAAAUAAAACUGAGUGAAAAGAGGAAAUAUUAUUUAUUCACAACAUCGUCAUAUUAAAAUAUUUUAACACGUUCAGUGCCAAGCAUCUUUGUCUAGCUGAACACCAAAAGUUUUUUUUUUUUUUUGCUACAGUACAAAUGUAUGUGUGAUAUCAUGCAGAACAUAAAUGAAUAAAUAAAUAGAAACUUA